CACUCAUCUCUCCUGGACAUCUGCGAUCGUUAGUCCUUAUUUUUUGUUACCUUUCCCCAUCUGUCAAUCCACAAAAUAGAGGUUUUCGAUUGCGAUUUCAUAUUUAACAACUUUUAAAGGUCUCUCUGAGACCACCCACUAAGCAAGAUGGCGUCCGAGGAUAAGGAAAUAGCUCUUCCACCAGACUACACCCUCAACAACCCCGACACCCUCACCAAGUACAAGACCGCUGCCCAGAUUUCCGAGAAGGUCCUCAAGGAUGUCACUGCUCUCUGCGUUGCUGGCGCCAAGAUUAUCGAGAUCUGCGAGAAGGGAGACCAGCUGAUUGAGGAGGAGGUCGCCAAGGUUUACAGGGGAAAGAAGAUCACCAAGGGCUUCUCGCACCCCACGACCGUCUCGCCCAGCUCCUAUGUGACACCUUACACCCCCCUCAAGACCGACGAGGCAGAGGCCGCUACGGAGCUCCAGGCGGGCGAGGCUGUCAAGAUCCAGCUUGGCGCCCAGAUCGACGGAUUCGGAUCGAUUGUGUGCGACACUAUCCUCGUGCCCAAGGAAGGUGAAGAUGUCGUGACUGGCCGCGAUGCCGACCUGAUGCUGGCGAACUACUAUGCCAACGAGCUGCUGCUGCGCUUGAUGGUCCCCCCUGGACUGCUCGCCCAGGGCACCGACGAGGAGAAGGCCAAGGCGGCCGCCGUGAAGCCGCACACCCAGAGCAAGAUCACCAGCCUUCUGGAGAAGGUCGCCAAGGCGUACGAGGUUAACCUUGUUGAGAGCACUACCUCGUGGCUCUUUGGCAGGAAUGAGAUUGAGGGCACAAAGAAGAUUGUCAUCGCCCCUGGUGAGGGAGCCAAGGGCGAGGGUGUCCCCGAGGUCGGCGAGGUCUGGGGUGUCGAGAUGGGGGUCAGCUUGGGGAGUGGUAAAGUGAAGCAGCUGGAUCAGAGAGCCACUCUGCACCGCCGUACCACCACUACCUACGGCCUGAAGCGCCCGACGUCAAGGAAGAUCCUUUCGGAGGUGCAGAAGAAGUUCGGCACGUUCCCCUUCAGCUUGAGGCAGCUUGAGGACGAGCGUGACGCAAAGUCGGGUGUCGUCGAGUGCGUGCGUGGCAACGUCUUCCGCCAGUACGAGCUCGUUGGCGACAAGGAUGGCGCACCGGUUGCCAGGUUGUUGACCACCCUUGCCAUUACCAAGAACGGCAUCACCAAGCUGGGAGCUGCCCCGCCCCUGGACGUGAGCAAGUACCAGACAGACAAGAAAAUCGAGGACGAGGAGGUCCUCAAGAUCUUGGAGCAGCCCCUGUCGCGUAACACCGGCAACAAGAAGAAGAAGCCAAAGAAGAAGACCAAGAAGGCUGCGGCUAAGAAGGAGGGAGAGGAGAGCGAGGAGGAGAGCGACGAAUAGAUGGAAGAUACGAGAUGAGUGUUCUAUCUGCUUACCGUCUGCCACUUUCGUCAUAGCCGCAAGGGAAGAGACUCUGUUGUUUGUACAUUUCGAAAUCUCUACUACAGAGCUGAGGCCGCAAUCUGUUAGGGGUUUUAAUCAAAACCCGGCGGCAAACAAGAAUAAAAAACAAAAGAAGCAAAGGAAAAAAAAAGGAAGAAAGGAAGAAAAUACAGUGAAAAGAAGAGCACCCACGAAGGAGUAGACUAGUGCAUCCCUGAACUUCGAGUGAGCUUGUGUAGUUAAUCGAAGGUCGGUGUAUAGC